UAUUCGGCCACUUUUAAUUCUUCAAGAAGCAAUCCUUGUCUUAUUCUUCAUCCCUACUCUCCCGAUAACCAUGAAGAGUUUGUUACUCCCUAAUUUCUAGUUUCAUUGGGAUCUCUCUCGCAUCGACGAGUUUCAGUCGCUAGACCGAGCAAAACCUGCAAAACGUCUCUCUCUAGUUCUUUUUUGCUAGGUAUUUGCAGACGCAUCAUCAAAAGAUUUUAUCAACUGGGGUGUGAUCGAUCGUUUCAUUGUGGUGUCAUGAAUUUUCAGCAAGAUAGUCCUGUAGAGGUUUUAGAUCGAAGAGAUUCACCUUCUGGUUCUUGGCAUUGUGCCACAAUUGUAUCGGGCAAUGAAACUUAUUACUAUGUAAAGUUUGUGAACGAUAAUGGUGGGACAACGGUACAAAAAGUCCCCAAAGGGGCAGUUAGGCCUUGUCCUCCCCCUAUGGAUAGUGGUGAAAACUGGAUGCCUGGUGAUCUUGUAGAAGUUUAUGAUUUUAAUUAUUGGAAAGGUGGGGUAGUUAUGGAGCCUUUGUUCGGCACCAAUUAUGUUAUUGUUAGGAUUUUUGGGACUUCUGAACAGAUACAGGUUCACUAUUGCAAUAUCAGGGUACGACAAGCUUGGCAGGACAAUGAAUGGCAUCGAAUUGGAAAGGAUGCUGGCAAUUGGGAAGCGGGUCAGGAUGUUGAUUGUUCAAUGGCGAAAGCUUGGAAGUUAAAGUGUCCCCGACCUCAGUUGCCUGAUUCAAGUGGUAAAAUUAGCAUUGGAUAUUGCAGAUCCGGGGUUAAAGAUACUUCUAAGGCCUCUCCAGCAUCAAAAUCCAAGAAAAGAAAAGCAGAGUCUUCCACUCUUUCAAUGGUGUCCGGUCCCUGCAGAAGAUUAAUUAAAGAAGUGGGUACAUUUCGGGGUCCAGUUUCAGGAGGUUCUUCUCCGUUUCUCGAAAAGGUAGAUGCUGUUGCUUACCCACAAAAUAUGUUGGGUGAAAAAUGCAUGCAUGCUUCCUUUAGAGAGAGAAAAUUUGGAUACAAUGAGGCAGAUGUAGGUGGGGAGAUGCGAAAUUCCUGUAUUGGAUAUCCUUUUGCAAGGUGCAUAGAAUCUAGCGAAGCUUAUAGAGAGGACUUCUUAGUUGCUAGUUGUAGUAAUGAUAGCUGUGAUUAUCAAAACAGUCCCUAUCCUUAUCAUUCUAGGACAUCCCCUAGUCAAGAUAUGGGUAGCCCUUUUGGUCUUGAUGUAUCUUUGGAACAUGGAAGAGAAUGCACUUUUGGUGCAAAGGAGGAAUUGACAAAUGUAAUUCACGAAUUAGAGCUACGUGCCUACCGGUCAAUAAUGGAGGCAUUGUAUGCAUCUGGACCCUUAACUUGGGAGCAUGAAGCUCUAAUGACAACUCUGCGGCUUAAUCUCCACAUUUCAAUUGAUGAACACUUAGCAGAGUUAAGGCAUUUAGCUUCUUCUCAUUGAAACUAUUACUGAAGUUUCCUGUCCAAUUGUUGGGAAACAUUACCCCUAAUUUUACGCCUCGUUUUAGGUUUUUGGAAUCUUUGUUAUGAGAAUAAUCUACUUGUAUAUUCAUUGUAAGAAGCGGAAUGAAUUGAUAGAAACAUUUAUUCUUCAUGUUUGGAAUCUCUGUGAUUUGGCUUUUGCCAACAAUGUUCUAUGGAGUAGAGAAAAUUGUACUGUAAACACUUGCGAGGCAAUGCAAUUUAGCUUUAAGG